AUGACCCAUGAAGCGUCUCAGCUGAAGGAGUCGCUGCUGGCCAAGUCACGGUCAUCUAGACGCUCCCGGUGGGAUGAAGAUGAUGACUUGGCGUGUAGUGCCCUAGAUGUCAACGAAGGCACACUUCCAAAUGAGUUGGAAAGUCAUUACCUCUUGCUUAAGAUUGCAGGGAGCAAAUCACAGACCCAUUCCACUUGUUUUGCUGCCUCAGAAAAUAACUGUGCUCCUCUAGCCUUGAGCGCUGUUCCUGUGGGCCGUUCAGCAAUGGUUGAAGUCGACCGCAUGGCUUUACACUCUGCAACGUCAGACUCUGGCUCUGCCGCGUUUCAAAGUCGCCCUAUGUACGCCACGCAUGGGGCAAGGUGUGCUCCGAUUCCUGGGCUUCAAAGCUCUUCCAAACGUAUGGCCAGGAGUCAUGCUUUGGUUGCACACGGCACCACUGUCAACCUACCAGCAACUCCUUUAAUAUGCAGCCUUCGUGCCACUGAAGCCAACAAGAACCUAUCAACUACUAUGAAAACUGUCGCCUCUACAUUAGAGCAGCAGUACACUUCUCUUCUCAAAGAUGCAGCAACUAAAACUGGUGAAGCAGCAGCGCUUUACUAUCUCCACACAAAGGCCUUAGCAUUCAAUGAUCUGCUGGACCGGGCUGAGGCGCAUGACCGGGGACAAGACGUCACGCAAUACAACACCAUAUUUUCAUGCUACAAUGACUGGAGGCAGAGCCUAGAUAAUAUUGUAUUAGACGAGGCCUUUUCUACUAAUCAGUUGGCGAUAGAACAGCCGGAUGCUUUCACUGACGGGACACAUUCCUCUGUGGUUCAAGCUACAAAGCUUGUUCUGCUUCAGGAGGGUGACAGUUGGUUUACAAAGGAGCUUCUUAAGAAGCUGGACCACUAUCGGGCUUGUGAACAGUGCGUUCGCGAGGAUCUUGCAAAUCUCUUACUCGGUUUAAAUCCCCAAAACCUAAAGAUCCCUGAAUCUCAGCGAGGAAUGCUUCUUUUAGUACUGUCAGAGCUCUACACGAUAUAA